CGUUCCACUUCCGUCUUUCCUACCUCCUUCUUCUUCUGCUUCCUUUUCUCUGAUUUCGGCUCUCCGACAAGUGUUUUACAGGAGAACGGGAGAUGGCUGGUGGAGGGUUCGCCCACACCGGCGUGGUCAAGGACUACGCCGGGAAGGUCACUCUGUUCGUCGUUUUCACGUGUAUCGUGGCCGCCACCGGUGGUCUCAUCUUCGGAUAUGAUAUCGGGAUAUCAGGUGGAGUGACGUCUAUGGAUCCAUUCCUGAAACGGUUCUUCCCUUCCGUAUACAAGAAAAUGCAAGAAAACAAGAACACGAACCAAUACUGCAAGUUCGACAGCCAGCUUCUUACAACAUUCACUUCAUCUCUUUACGUUGCCGGUUUGAUCGCCUCCUUCUUCGCCUCGACGGUCACUCGUGUUUUCGGGCGAAAGCCGUCAAUGCUUUUCGGCGGCAUGACUUUUCUGGUCGGUGCGGCCGUCAAUGGUGCCGCUAAGGACGUUGCCAUGCUCAUUAUCGGUCGUAUCCUUCUGGGUAUAGGCGUUGGAUUCGCAAAUCAGUCGGUACCAGUCUACCUCUCGGAAAUGGCUCCCCCAAAGAUCCGAGGGGCACUCAACAUCGGCUUCCAACUCUUUAUCACAAUCGGCAUCCUUGUAGCCAACCUCGUCAACUAUGGCACCAACAAGAUCAAAGCGGGUUGGGGUUGGCGUCUCAGCCUGGCCUUGGCAGCGGUGCCCGCCAUCAUCAUGACCGUUGGUUCCGUCUUCCUCCCGGACACCCCCAACUCUCUCAUUGAAAGGGGCCACCACGAAAAGGCCAGACGGAUGCUUCAACGCAUUCGCGGCACCACUAAUGUGGAGGAGGAGUACCAGGACCUCGUUCUCGCUAGCGAGGCCUCCAAACAAGUCAAACACCCCUGGGCUAACAUCUUGAAGCGGAAGUACCGGCCGCAAUUGGUCAUGGCCCUCGCCAUCCCCUUCUUCCAGCAGCUCACAGGCAUUAACGUGAUCAUGUUCUAUGCUCCUGUGCUGUUCAAGACCAUUGGCUUUGGCAGCAAUGCCUCGCUCGUGUCCGCUGUCAUCACUGGGGGCGUGAACGUCGUGGCUACAUUGGUGUCCAUUUACUCGGUGGACAAGUAUGGAAGACGAUUCCUUUUCCUCGAGGGUGGAAUCCAGAUGUUCAUCUGUCAGGUGAUCAUUGGGAUCAUCCUUGGUGACAAGUUCGGGCUUUCAGGCAAAGGCACCCUGUCCAAGAGCGAGGCCGACCUUGUGGUUUUCUUCAUUUGCUUGUACGUCUCUGCCUUUGCCUGGUCCUGGGGUCCCUUGGGAUGGCUGGUGCCCAGUGAGAUCUUCCCCUUGGAAAUCCGUUCAGCAGGUCAGAGUAUCAACGUCUCGGUCAACCUCCUCUUCACCUUCGCCAUUGCCCAAGCUUUCCUUGCUAUGCUCUGCCACUUCAAGUUCGGUCUCUUCUUCUUCUUUGCUGGUUGGGUCCUUAUCAUGACGACCUUCAUCUUCUUCCUGCUGCCUGAAACCAAGAACAUCCCAAUUGAAGAAAUGACCCUUGUGUGGAGGAAACACUGGUUCUGGAAAAGGAUCCUCCCUGCUGACGAAGGAGAGGUAGAAAUGGAGAAGCCAAAGACAGUAACAUAAGACGCUUUAAUUGUAAAAGGCGAAAUAUUGUUAGUAAAAGCAUUUUCCUUUUUUUCUUUCUAAGCUGUUUACUAUCUUAUUGUUACCGAAAAGACUGUUUACAGUCUUUCACUAUUCAUGUCUUUGAUGUGCAAAUUACAGUGAUUGAAGUUCUGAUACUUUUGAACA